AUCAACUUCCUCAGUUUCAAGAUGGCAGACCCAUAACAACAAUGGAAGUCCAUGUUACUUGGACAUAAUAUUUUGCUACCAAGUUUCAGAUAUACAGAAUGUACACUUACAACAAACAAAGGCCUAAACACAUUCUGCAGAAAGAGCAGAAUAACCAGCCCCAAUUACUUGAACCAUUUGUUUUUCGACCCACACAUGCCACAGACCCAGCUAUGAGGCGCUUCACCCAACCUUCAUUUAACACCAGUGAGCUUCAGCUUCAGAACUUUGCUGGCCACAAGGACUCACAGGAAAAAAUUCCUAUCCACUACCGGGUAUCGAGCAAAAAGUCAGGUGGAGCGUCAGCAUCAUCAGUCCAGGAAUCUGGUAGUGAAGGGACAGGUGCAGGGGAUGAGGAAUCAUCUUCACCAAGCAGAGAAUCUCGCAGUGCUCAUAUGCUAAAGGUCCAUAAAACAGCAGCUUUCCUUCCUGGAGACCAGGUUAUUUUUGCCGAGAGCCCUUCAGCCCCAGGUGUGCCAGUUGUAUACAGAACACCUGAAGAGCGUGCCACCAAUCCUGAUCGACUCAACCUUGACAGACGGAAGUUGACAGUCUGCCCCAUGCUUGAGGGCGAAGACCAGCUUAGGUUGUUGAAUUAUCAGCACAACAGCAUCACACGCAUCCAGCAUCUGUCAGCACUACGGCGUCUUAUUUUUCUGGACCUUUAUGACAACCAGAUAGAGCAGAUAACUGGUCUGACCUCCCUCAGAUCCCUGAGGGUCCUCAUGCUCGGCAAAAACAGAAUUAAGAAGAUUGAAAAUCUGGAUACGCUUUCUAAACUGGAUGUUCUUGACCUCCAUGGAAAUCAGAUCAGCACAAUUGAAAAUCUGAGUCACCUGUCAGAGUUACGGGUGUUGAAUUUAGCAGGAAACCAGAUCGUCCUUGUUGACAGCCUUUCUGGUCUUGAUGCUCUGGCUGAACUCAACCUCCGCCGCAACAAGAUCCGCGCAGUGGCUGAUGUGGAUAGUUUGCCAAACCUACAGCGACUCUUUCUCAGCUUUAACGAGAUCUCAAAUUUUGAAGAUGUGCAGUGCCUGGGAGACUCCAGCAGUUUGUCAGAGAUUUGUCUAGAUGGAAACCCGAUCUGUCAGGACCCCAGCUACAAGCAAGUGGUGCUGCGUCACAUGCAGCAGCUCAAGCAGCUGGACAUGCGGCGAGUCACGGAAGAAGAACGACGUCUGGCCUUGGUCAUGGCUCGGAAAGAAGAAGAAAGACGCCGUGAACUAAACAAAGUGGCUGUGCUAAAGGAGCGGCGCCGGCUGGCCAUCAACAAUGCUAAACGACAAUGGGAGACAAUGCAAGGGUCCCUUAUUUCCAACACGUCCAAGAUGGCCAAAGGGCCUGCUGUACGUGAGCUGUAUGCCAACCAUGUAGGUUCUCUCCCCAUUUCAGGGGAUAUUUUUGCUUGCCAUUCAGCUCAGUAUGAGGAGUCAUUAGGUGUCACAAGCAGUGAAAAGCGGCCUGGUAGUGCUCACAGCAGCCUGACGGACUUAUCACAGGAAAGUCAUCAUGAGGGUGAAAGACCACGUACUGCACUACGCCGCAAUGACACUAAGUCUGCACCCAAAGAAACCGUCAUUUUUGGGUCUGAGGGAGGUGGCAGUGCUGAAAACCUCAACAUGGUUGCAGAACUGGAGGGAGACACUCUCACUCUAUACGGCCCGCUAGCAUUGGGUGCAUUUGACCGUAACUGGGGCCUACAGGCAGCUGGGGCCAUAACCAGUAUUGUCUUUAGGUUCAUAGACUUUGAUGAAAUCACCAAGCAGCUGCACAAAGUGAGGUCACGAUUCCCUAGCACUCAGAGUCUUGAAUUCACUAACACCAACAUACACAGCUUACAGCAGAUCAAUGCACUGAGUGUAGUGCGAAGCCUGGACCACCUGACCAUUGCCCUCGAUGGCAACCCUGUCACAAAGUUCACUCUCUGGCGCCUUUACACCAUUUUCCGCCUUGCACACUUCUCUCUUAAAAAAAUCAAUGAUGUUGAGGUUUCUGGUGCUGAUGUUAUCAAUGCUGAGCGACUCUUUGGUUCCUUAUCUCUCAUUGUCACAAGUCAGUUUUCACAGCAAAGACUUGACACACCUGUUGGUGAUGGGAGGAAAAAACACCUGACUCAUGGUGAAGAUAAACCCCGAAAGAGUGAGGGAAAAGGCGACAAGUCUCAUGUGGAGCAGUCUGGGAGAGCAGCACUUGUCUACACGGCAGCUGACAUACGGGCAGGACGACAGGAUGCAGAGAAGAAGCGGGAAUUUGCACAAACGUACCUGAGUGAGAUGAGCAGGGAGGCCAUAUUUUGUGAUCGAAAGCGUCUGGAGCUGGUACGUCUGUGGCCGUCUAUGUUUGUCACCAUGGUGCAGACAGCACUAGCACAGAUGGCAGAAGCUGGAAGCUAUGCUAAAAAAACUCUGGAAAACAUAUAGGGCAGUCACUGACCAUUCCUACCCCUCUUUAGCAUUAUGGUAAUAGUACCAACAUGACUGGUGGCAGUUUCAACACUCCUGCUCCUCCAAUCAGCAACUCUGCAUGACAUUGCAGUUUGUUAUGUAUAAUGAUGAAAUUGGCCACAAGAGUUCAGUGGUGUGCAUAUAGCAAGUAUGAUGCAAAAGUCUUGAAAGAUAUUUUGUGUAAUAAACGUCCUUUUAUUUUGGUUCUAGAGAUGUGUUCCUUUUUCUGUGACACAGGAAUCUUACAAGACAUUUCAUUUUGUGUGACACAACAGAUCUGCAGGAAAUUACAGUCUUUUGUGGGCAUCUGGAAAAAAACUGCAUAAAUUAUAUUGAUAAACAUUCCAGAAAAAUAAUUUAUAAUUAUGACCAAUUUCAUUGCGCCAAUAAAUACACAAAAAUAAUUUAAAUUUUUUUUUCUCAUAAUUUUGUCUUUUCUUGUCUUUAUAUUAAAUUAUUCUUUGUCAUCAGUAUUGAACACAGAAAGAUUAUAUGGUGUUACGACUUUACACACAAAGAAUCUGGUAUGACUAUUACUAAACUUAGAUUAUCUCAUGCACUGAAUAAGUCUUGUGCAUGUAAAAGAGUUAUUGCAAGGCACCGAACAAUCUUAAAAUUUGUUGCAGCUCACUCAAAUAUCUAGUUAUGAACAUGCUCUGCUUAUAAGCAGUAUGUUUGUAUUUUAUAAAAGUAUGUUUGGUCCUGUUGUAAUUUAUAAGCAUAUUAAAUUCUGGUCUGGAAUAUAUAUAUAGAAUAUGAAGCGUACCCAUUAGACCUGUUCUUAACUGUUUACAUAUAACAUUCAUUUUUUUUCUCAUUUUUGACCCAAUUCAUUGUAUAUGACACUCACACAUACAAAAUUUUAGAUGAGGGAAAAUAAAUUAUCUUUCCAGUUUCUUCAACUCUUGAGUGGGUGAAUAAAUCAGUGAUGAACAAACUUAUGCAUUUAUUAACUGGUUGAUGUAUGUUGACAGACUAAAAAGGAUUUAGGUCUCAGUUGGAUUUGUAUACAGACAUCUUGUCACCAUUAAGAUUUACAAUGAUCUACGUCAUGUUUGUUAGGUGAUCAUGAAUUUAAAUAGUUGAUAGUGUUCGGAUAUGUGUGUAUGCAGAGGUAUUUCAUGUUCAUUUAGGUGUUUAUAGUAUGGAUCACCAAAGUGAUGCUUUGUUUUCUUAUUCUUGUCAGUAAAAUCAUGAUACUUCUA